GCCCGAAGCCCACCAUUCUCUACAGCAAUUACCGGUUCGUGCUGGAGUUGUACUUGCCACUGCCGAAAAACAUGGACUGGCCGGCUGCAAUGGCGAACAAGUGCCUCGGCUUUUGUUUGGCCUUUGAGGACUGGUGGUGUCAAUAUGAGGCGUAUGAGCGCCAUGCAUCGACCAUCAAGAAGGAGGUGAAGCAAAGAGCGCCACCUGGCUUCAACCGU